UUUGGAAGUAGGUAGUUUCACAUCAGGUAAUCAUAUUGUUCUUCUGCUCUGCGUAGAGACAGGAAAUGUGUGCACCCCGCCUCCCCCAAUACCUACUGCAAGCGAGGAUGCAACGGGGUCACUUCGCAUGUGUUGGUGACUUGCUCGCUGCAUUCUCGCAGACCCGGUGCUGCUGGACAGCGGUGCUUUGGCCAGGGAGACGUCGUGCCAGCCGGUGGAGAUGCCGGUGAGGUUCAGCGACCCGAGUGAGCUGAUCUCACCCAAGGCGGUGGCGCGGCUGCUGCAGAUACUCUUUACCUGCUCGGCUCUGGGCCUGUCGCAGACGGCGGGCGGCAACCCGGGCACGGACGCCGGCUUCACCGCGUUCGCCAUCACCACCUGGUGCAUCUCCUUCACCUCCACCCUCGUCGUGUUCGUCAUCGAGUUCACUCAGCUGCACAGCCUCUUCCCGCCGACCUGGAAGAACCUGUCGGUGGCGCUGGCCGCUUUCUGCGGCCUCAUGAACCUGACCACGUCGCUCACCUACCCGCUGCUGGCGGUGGGCGCCGGACAGGCCGCGCCGUGCCUGCGGCAUACGGACUGGAGCCGCCGGCCCUGCUCCUACCACGCGGCCGCCACCGCCUGCUGCUGCCUGGCCGUGGUGGCGUACGCGGCCGAGGUGUGUGUGUCGCGGCGCGGCCGGCCCGCCAGCUACAUGGCCACGGGCCCGGGGUUGCUGAAGGUGGUGCAGCUGAACGUAGCCUGCGGCCUCUCCGUCCCCAUGGCGACCGGCGCCUUCCCGGCCUCCCCCGCGCUGUGGGGGGGCGCGGCGGCGGCGCUCGGCGCCUGCGCACUGCUCAGCCUGGUUGCCGUGGUGACGGCGCUGGAGUGUCGGGCCUGCUGCCCGGUGCCGAGGGAGCGCCUCCUCGCCGCCGCCAGUGCCCUCGGAGCCCUCACCUACGGCGCCGCGCUGGUCGUCUGGACCUUCCGCCUCAGCCGGCAGGCGGCCACGGCGUCCGGGGUGACGGACUGCGGCUGGAAAGUGUGCCUGAUGUCCACCGUGCUGCUCAGCAUCAACCUCCUGGCCUACGCGACGGACCUGGUCUUCUCCAUUAAACUGAGCUGCUCCAGGAACUGAGCGCCGUCCGCCGGGGUAUCUCCCGGUAAGUGGGCGCCACCAGCAACCCAAGCUCCAUGUACUGUUCCUCGUGUCUCCAAAAUACUGCGGAAUCCGAGAUAAAACAGAGAAUGUUGUCUGAAGAUCUGAAACGUCACCCAUUCCUUCUCCCCAGAGAUGCUGCCUGCCUCGCUGAGUUACUCCAGCAUUUUUGAGUUUAUCUUCGGGAUUUACAUGUCUGGUCAGUUUGGAACAGGAGGACUUGGACAGAAUAUCGAUCAUGUACACGAGAACUUCCCGACCCGAAACAUCAUCUACCCACCUGUUCUCCAGAGAUGCUGCCAGACCUGUUGAGUUACUCCAGCACUUGUGUGGAGUGUCCUUUUGUGUAAACCAGCAUCUGCAGGUCACUAUUUCACCGUGUUUACCAAAAUGGGUUUUGGGAUGGGAAUCAGGAAUUGGAUACAACUGUAGACAUAAAGAUCUGCAGGUGCUGGUUUACAGAAAAAUACACA